AUGCGGGCGAUCUUGAAUUGCUUCCUGUUUUCCGUCAUGCUGGGUACCGUAGUCUCGGUGCUAUUUUGCAAGAUGGACAGUGAUUGCGGGAGAUGGGAGGACUACUGCCAUAGCGGACAGUGUACAGCCAAGGUAGUCCGUUGGCCGGGAGAGAAAUGCGAAAAGGCGCCGUGGGAAAUUUGUGAUAAGUCGAUCUGCUGCUUUGCAACAAAGAACACUCGACAAAAGCACUGCACCGAAAAGAAACGCUGCCAUCACAUUCCA